ACUACGACCGAUGGACACACAUAUUGUUUACUUGCAGUGCUAGCACUUUCCUCGUCGUAAAAGUAUCGCCAGAGAAGGGAGAGCGAAGACGCGUUGGUUUCCGCAAUGACCCCACAUGCGUGGGAGUGUGCUUGCAAGACGACGACCGCGGGGAUUGUCUAACAAACACGGUAAACGUCUUAGAACGGCGUUCUUUACGGCUAAAAACCCUCCGUAAGGAACCGCAGUUCCUGGCGGAAACCCUCAAAACGGGGAGCCCUCGAAUACCAAGUUCGUGUUUCCGGUACCACGACAUAAAUGGCUACAAAAUUCGCCAACAUUGGAAUCCCGCGUGUUCUGUGUUCGCGAAUGUGGGAAAAGGAAGAAAAACGUGAAACGACCUGAUCUUAGUAGCCGGUCUAUUCUCUGCAAGAGGACUCUGCAUACAUCUAGAUAAUACAGUGAACAAUCAUUCGAAUACAGUGAGGAGUCUGUUAUGUUUACCUACCGGUGGCUCCGGAAACGACGAAGAAGUGCGGCUGUGUGCGUCGGUUUCGCGUUGACGACGACCGCUACGCGAGUGGUUCAUUGAAAAAGCAAACACAAGCGAUCGCGCGGCGCACCACCGUCACCCUGGGGUGGAGAACAUUCACACAAAGGAGAAAAGCAGGCGCAAACUCUCGCUAGAUUGUUACUACGACGACGACGACGACGACGGCAGGGGCAGGCCGCUAAGAACAAUGUCGCGCAUCAGUCGCCAGCAACGUCUACUGCGACGUAAAUCCGUGGUUCCUGAUUCGAGCCACUUGUGCCGGUUAUGUUUGUCCAAGGAGCGAAGGCUAACUCGCUUCUUAUCGGACGAAAGUGGGCUCCUCAACAAGGAUCUGCUGCGACAAAUCUACGAUCUAACGACGGUAGAGGUCGAUCAUCUGGAUAUCUUCCCCACUGCCAUCUGUUCGCUGUGCGAUCAGCAGCUGAACGAUUUGAGUCGGUUUCGUGAAAAGUGUAUCGAAAACGACACCAUUCUGCACAAUCUGUUCGGGGUGGAAAAGGAAAGACACAUUUACGAUCUUCUGACGUCGAAUACGGUGGAAGAUGUGGAGCAGCGCAGCUAUACCGGGUAUUACGGUCGAUCGGCGCCCGGUGCUGGUGGAGAAGGUGUACAGGAGCAGCAAGUACCCAACCAUCUGGCCGAUGAGACGGAACCAUCGUCCACCACCUCCUCAUCGAUGAUACUGUCCGAGUCGAAUCAACCUGAGGCAACCGUAGCGAUAGCAUUGAACCAACUGUCCACGCUUAGUGUCCGUGCGAGGAAAAAUCGAGGAUCAUCGUGUGAACAAGUUGGUGCACCUGAUGUUGCUGCUACUGCCGCUCCUGCUAUGGAAGAACCACUUGUUACCUCAACGCCUUCAGCGAUGGAGUCAGUAGAAGCAACCGAUUUGACGCGUAAAAAGAAGAGAUCAAUCACCUCCAAACCGAUGGAGACGGAAAGUGCAGCCACGGACACCGGACUGCAAACACCACAGCAGGCUGAAACUGAUGACCCCGUACGUUCCUUUACCGCUGAGAAGCUAAUGAGCCUUUCGAAUCGUCAGCUGGAAGAUGGUCGGUUUCAGUGCGGUGCCUGCGCCCGUACGUUCCGCAAUGCGUACACACUGAAGCGGCAUCUGAAGCUCCAUACCGAGGAAAAUCUGUACGAGUGUGAAUACUGCGCCAAACGAUUCAAUGAUCGCUCCAACUGGAAGAUCCAUCUUCGGGCCCACACAGGCGAUAAUUUGUACAACUGUCUCGUCUGCUUGAAGAGCUACAUUUCCCCAUCGACACUAAAGUACCAUCUGCGCGCCCAUCGUAAGCUUCGAUCGUUCGAUUGUCGCGUAUGUCAAGCUUCGUUCCCUGAAUACGAAGAGCUGGAGCGUCAUGUGCGCGAUGUUCAUCGGGGACUGACGAUGGAAGAUCUGCAGAUGGAAGAGGAACCGCUGCUGGAUGCGGCCAAUUUUGUUAAAAUUGAACUCGAAGACGAUGCUGAUGGUGCGAUCGUGGAUGAGGGGAAGGGACUUCUGCAGCAGCAGAGAGAUGACAAUCAACGCGCUGCCAGCAAUGAGGAUGCCAAUGGUCGAACAACGAUAGUGAGUGAUACGGAAGAUGAUGAGCACGGUACAACGAUGAAUGAUAGUAUGAUUAACGAGCGACACCUAGAACCUAUCAUUUCGCACGCAAUGGACGGAGGAGAGGUGCAAAAUAGGGCGAAGACGCCGCCAGGUAAAAACUAUCAAAUGCAAUCACAGCAGCCAUCGGAGUUAAGAAACACAAACGAUGAUGUUACGGAACAAUCACCCGUGGAUUCGAAUCAGCGGCCGGCACAGCAACCUGUGGCGGAGUCUUGCAAUAUCAAAAAGGAGGCGCCGGAGAAUGUUACCGUCAAAGAGGAACCGUACGAUCCCCGCGAGCUACUCAUGCUGGAAGAUGGUUCCGAGGUGGAAACAGAUGAAUCAAAAGAUCGACCCAAUGAAGGAACCGUCAUACUGUUCCGCUGUGAUUACUGUAUGCAGAUAUUCCACUAUCUCGAUGACCUCAAUGCACACAUGGAGUUACACAACAAAUCGAACGGCACUGCCGGUGGUGUAGUGCUGGGUUCUGCAGCAUCCGUUCCGCUCAUCGUUCCUCCACAAGCAACUAACCAUGGAGGUGGUAACCAUGGUGACACUAGUGCUGAUGGCCGUCCACCGCCUCUCGUCAAACCGUUGGUCGCGCUGCGACACAUAGCAACGACGGAUGGUGAAAGCUGGAAUACGAAAUCUAAUCCAUCCAGCGAAGACACGGCCCCGGCUUUACUGCGCGCGAUGUGCGACAGUAUGCAUACGAUGUAUCCGCAUUCCUCGUUGCUGUCGUCCGCGAGAGAGGCCGGCGAUCCUUCAACCGGAGUGCCUUUGGUGCGCAAACCUAAAGGAUCGAAACGCAAGCGAAUGAUGUUGCAGGCGCAGACGGCAGCGAGCGAGCCAGGAAAUGUAAGCCCCCCCGAACAUCCGUGCACAAAGUGUGCGAAAAGAUUUCGCACCGAAGAACUGUUGAGAGUUCAUGAGGAAACUCACGCAAAUGAUGCCAUCGUGAAUCGGGUACGAAGUUGUCGUAUCUGUCUUAAGGUGUUCAAGUGUGAGCUAAACCUUCAGGCGCACAUGCGCAAACACAACGACUACCACGAGGCAAUAGAUCACUCCAGGAGCAUGUUAGGCGACCUCGGCAGUAGAGCCGGUGCUGGUGUCGACAGUGCAGGAAGUGGGAAUGAAUCUACAGGAUCGUACAAUCCCUCAAGCAACAUGAUGAGCAAUCAACCGAAUCGAAGAGAGGAAGUAUGUGGCGAUAAGACGAAUGAAAAUGAUACCGACCAUUUAAUGCAAUCCAAUCGGCCUCCCGUCAUGGAUGGUUCAUCGGAAUCGCUUGGUGAUAGCGAAGGUGAGAUCGGUUCGGGACUUUCCUCGGAAUCGUCCGGUAGUAGCAGCAGCAGAAACAACGCUAAUCGGCGCGUAUCGGUGCGUCGGUGUGAAAUCUGUGCCAUCACGUUCGAUGAUCCGCUGCUGCUCGAACGGCACGUACUUAGCCACUUUGAGCGUAACGAGGCCGUUGCGUUCGUACCGUCCGCUGAUAGGCCGUUCAAGUGUACUGAGUGUCACAAACGGUUCAAGCGAAAGGACUACCUGCUGAUACAUAUCCGCACGCACACGGGCGAACGGCGUUACAAGUGCGACCUCUGCUCGAGCGCCUUCGUGCAUCCCUCCAACUUGAUCACACAUCGAAAGCUACACUCAAACGAACGACCUCAUAAGUGUGAUCUGUGUGAUGCCACCUUCAAGCUGUACGCCGGUUUGAAGAUCCAUCGCCGCCGGUGUGUAAUGAAGAAUUUAACCGAAGGAUUUUCUUUCUCAUCCAAUGCCAUAUCUUCUGCCGUCAAUGAUGGCAACGAGGCUGCGAUGGAAGUAGAAAAUCCACCAUCAGUUCACAUCCAGUCGUCGAGUCGAUUAACGAUCUAAAGCCAUUAUUAUCUCCCUACUCAUGGAAUGAUGGAGAAGGUACCACCUAGGCUACCCUAUCUAGUGCUUUGACAGUGCAAUUAGUUUAACGCAGCUGAACAAAUGUGGUUCCUAACGAGCGCGAGUGCACGAAAGCACACCCCAGAAUGCUAUAAGACGGAGAAGGACUCACGAAAAGUCUGAUUCACACUAGGUGGUUAGCAGCGCUGGUCCUCGAGGUCGGUGAAGUAGUAUAAUCUCGCGAAGGUUUUUUGCUCCUAAUAAUUCGUUCAGCAUCACACCCAGCCGCUCAAAAUGGUCUCCCUAAUUUUUGUGCCGUAGUAGCAUAGCAAAUGGGCCCAGUGCCUAUCACGUAUUAUUUGUUAGGAAAGCAUGGCAGCGCUUAUCAUACUUGCUUAUUUUAAAAUUAGCGUGAGGAAAGUAAAACUAAUUCUUCCACGACCACGUGUCAUUAUUGUAUAGGUUCGAUUGAACAAAUGAUUUAAAUAUCGAUUGUACAUUUCAAACGAUCAAACUGUCUAUGCCCGUGUCUACACAAAUGAUAGCCAGACUACUCUGUGCUUAGCUUGCUACGCUUUUAUUUUCUCUCGAGGCCAUUCACCUUACUUAAGCCUAGAGCGCGCUGUGGCGUAGCAAUUGAGUAUACUAAGAAUACUCGCAACAUUACAAUCUAGAUGCAUUUCAUUCGUAAGCUUUACCUAAGCCGCUAGUACAUUAAAAAUAGGAAUCUAAAGGGCGCCAUUGCGUUAGAAUUAUCUUUUUUUUUUAAUUUUCACUCCAUUCGUUCCUUUAAAUCCAGAAGAGAAAGAAUCAUCCCUGGAGCCUUCUUUUACUAGCUGCGCCAGUUAGCUAAGGAAGCAAAUGUCGUGUGUCAGAUGUACAACUUUUGCAAAAUAGGCCUAGGAUAAUUACGUCGAAGAAGAUGAUCAAGAAAUAUCUAUAUUAGACUAAGAAAUAGAUUAAUAAGCACAAUUUUCGGCGACGAAACCGUCCACCGCUUAUUGGGUGGCAGGCGCAGGUUUCUUUGCCACUUUUCUCCUUUUGGUUUCCUUUAAAUUUAAUUAUCUCCGCAGCAUGUGCUUAAGCCGUGCGAGUCGAUGCAAUUAUAAACCGGUGUAAACGGGAACGACAGAACGCGGCUUUAGAUAAGAUCCCACUGAUGGAAGUCAUACUUCGGUAAAUUUUGAAAUGCCAUAGGAACGAAUUAAAAUCGAAUAAAGUUG